AUGAUUCUUAGCCCAAUACUCCAGUUUAGGAAAGAGCUCAGUUCACCCAGGGAAAGUGUGCGAGUUAGGCUGGCAAGUAUAAAUCUAGCUCUCCAAGCAUGUCCUACUGAAAGUAUGACUCCGUGGUUUGGCCCGUACUUCUGCUACGAUACCAGUGGCGCCUACGCAAAUGAUACUUCGUCAAUGGAGAUUGACUUCUCAACAGGCUCGAGUUCAACGCUACUUGCGAAAUCCUAUAUGGGUCGUAUUCCGCUCGCAUUUAGAAUGCAGAGAAUUAAGCGGUUCGGAGACAUCUGCCAUACCCUGGCUUUCACGGUGGCUGAGGUAGACGCCCAGUCGGAGAAGAACGGCAUAGCGGUUGCAAUUAUGGAAGGUGUAAUUAAGGUCACCAGACUCACCAUAUCGGGUGCUGCUACUCUCGAGAUUUUCAAUUUCCUCCAGCAAUCCAAGGGCAUUCUUCAUCAAUAUGGUCUAUUGGAGGAUGAAUGCCCCAACACUGAACAAGGCCCAAGCAUCCUCGAUGAACCAAUAAAAUUUCUAUCAUCCUCAUUGCGAAAACUCUACAUUACGGCUACUUGUGCGCACCAGUUCAACCUCAAUGAGGAUCUCAAGCUGGCUCGCCUUAUAUCUGGAAGGAUUUCGUAUGGAGAGCGGACGCCGCGAGGGUCCAAAACGACCAAAGUGCCCAUUCCAGCCCAGCUAGGACAGGUAGUUGUGCCAAUGCGACUCGUAUUUCGGAGGCGCAUUAUGUUCUUUCAUCAAGGUCCUGACCACUUGGAUUUGGUGGGUUGGAGCGGAGGGGAGGGGGGACGAUAG